AUGAGUUCGGGAAUGCCUGAACUGGGCUCCAAGAUAAGCCUAAUAUCGAAAGCUGAUAUUCGUUAUGAAGGCCGACUCUUCACCGUCGAUCCUCAAGAAUGUACCAUCGCCCUAGCUAGCGUUCGUUCUUUCGGUACCGAGGAUCGUGAGACUCAAUACCCAGUAGCACCUCAGAACCAAGUGUACGAUUACAUUUUGUUCCGCGGCUCCGACAUCAAGGAUAUCCGAGUUCUGAACAAUGUUCCAUCUCUGCCGAACGAUCCAGCGAUCGUCCAAAUGUCCGUACCUCCAUCGCUGGGUGGCGGGCAAGGUCAAGGGCAGUACUCUGGCCAAUACAAUCAUCCCGUUGUCGGGCAAACCCAAUACCCACAGUAUCAUCCGAUGGGUGGGUUCCCCGGAAGUGUUCAUCCUCAGCUUAACAAGACGAGUGAGUUAUCACCACAAACCUCGGUCGAACUGGCCCCACUGCAACCUGUUACAGCGCCGAUUGGAUCCGGAGUGGUGCAUACCAACCAAGUGAAAGACCAAGGUUCAAUGCUCGAUCUCAUUGGCGGAGGUUCCCAGCAGGGAGUUUCUCGCUCGGGAACACCAGCUGUGAUUGGACAUAGAAAGAGUCCUACCACUGAUCAAGGGACACAGCAGGCCGGUGCGUCAGGUCAAGAACGUCGUAACAGUAGCGGCAGUAAGCAACCCGGCCAAAGUCGGCCUCGACCUAGCUCGAGGACACGCCAGAGGCAACCCAGCGGCAGUCACAACCCGCCCGCCGAACAUAUGGACAUGGUUCAAAACAACUACAACCGCGGCGGCUGGCGCGGUCGGUCCCGCGGCCGUGGUCGUGGGUUCGUUCCUCGCAACAAAAACACGCUCAAGUUCGAGAAAGACUACGACUUUGAACAAGCCAACACUCAGUUUGAAGAACUACGCAUACAGCUGGCUAAGACUAAGAUCGCUGACGGAGAUGUCAAAACUGAGGGUGAAGUGGAUAAGAAAGAUGACUCUGGCAAUGAGACCGGUGCUGGAGAGGCGGAGCUUGAAGAACAUGAUGUGAUCGCGGGAUACGAUAAGAAGAAGAGCUUCUUUGAUAAUAUUUCAUGCGAGGCUGUAGAGAGGUCGAAGGGUCGCAGCCAAAGGACUGACUGGCGAACGGAACGAAAACUGAACUCUGAGACGUUCGGAGUGUCAUCAGCGAGACGAGGGGCGUGGAGACCGAGGGCCACCUGGAGACACGGACCGCACCCGCCGCACUCACACAUGCACCACCCGCACCCGCACGCACCCGCGCACCCUGAACGGACAGUUUUCUCACCUGACGCGUAG